AUGACAGAUGUGCCCAGUAUGUUCCUACAAUAUUUAAAAAGUUUUUCUCGACGUCGAUGCCGGGUUCGAUUGCGUAGUUGGCUUUUUCCCAUCCUGAUCGUUGUCAUCAUUGUUCUCUGGUAUUCUCAGUUGGAAACGCCCCCACUUGGAGAUGACAUGUCACCGGAGCUUUUACCUGAAGGUCUGAUUGAACCCAAACCUAGGGCCCAAAUCAACAACUGGGCAGUGGGUAAGCAACUCCUUGCCCACACAGAAAAAGGUAUUGCCCACAUUCGUGAAUUCUUACCUAAGCUUUAUCCUCCAAAUUGGGGUAAAGCAAAAGAUGCAGAUGAAAUGGUUCUGGAGACACAGCGGCUUUUAGUAGACUUGGGUUACCAUUCAGGAAUGAGUUGUCGAGAUAUUGAUAAUAUUCAGAUGUAUUCGUCACUUUCAACAAGUGAGAGGAAACAUGUGGACGUUGGAAUUUUAAACAAGAAAGAGGUUAUCCUUAAGACACAGGGCCGUGACCUGAGUAUAAAGAUAAGCUGUAUGCAAACCGUGUACGAUGCAGCUAAGUGUACAUACAUGGGGAAUUACCGUCUCUUACGAGAGGUGCUCUUUCACGUGGCUUUGAAAAGUGCAGGGAUUACCCAACAGUUGGGGUACUGUUUACGAGGAGACAGAAUAGGUGGGACUCUUCGUGAAAAAGGAGUCAUUCUUGUUGUGGAGAUGGGUUACCCUCUCAGUACCAGUGAUAUUAAACGUUAUUCAUGGCCAGUCAGAAUAGAGGUUCUCCACCAGAUGGCGCUGAUAUUGUCCUACUUGGAGCAUUCUCCGCUCGGCAGUAUUCGCCUUCAAAAACUCAAUAGUGAAGACUUUGUUAUUGUUGGUGACCAAGUGAAAUUGGCUGACUUGGAUGAUAUUUAUAUUGAUGAAUAUCCUUGUCUGAUUAUAGCCGAAUGUUACAGUUACAUUGGUGGCAGAGAGAUUCCUGGUGUCCGUUGUCAUGGAAACAGAUGUCUGGGUUUGAAUGCAAAACUGAAUUUGAAACUUGCCACUGAUCGUGUCCUCAUCCCAUUGAUGAACAAUCCUCCAAGUUCAGCCAAGAAAGUAAUUGGUCAGAUACAGGCUCAACUACAGAGCCUGGAGAUGACCAGUGACCAGUUGGCGGAUAUGUUCAAUGGCUUGCUGGCUAAAGCUGGUUCUCUCCACUUCCCGCUGCGUUGGUAUAUCAAAGGACGAGCAGGAGUUGUUCGUCCAAAGGCUAACAACAGAUAUCGGUAUCGUUACUAUGACAACAAUGUGAUUGAUAGAAGACGGAAUUAUAAUCGAGGAGAGAUUUAUGUCAACAACCAGGAGGGCUUCAAAAGAGAAGAAGACAGGGGUGACAAUGACAAAGCAGCCGUGAAUCAUGGAGGAUCUUUUCAAAACAACCGAGUUCGCUUUAAUGACGACCAACAAUUGGACAAUGCCAUCCGCAAUGAUGGUAUGCCUCAUCUUCCAAGAUUCCAUGAAGUGGAACAAAAGAAGUCCCGGCGUCAUCCUGAGGUAUCUUAUUUCCGCUAUAAUGCUUCAAAUCUUCCUGGCAUGUAUGACUAUUCGUGCCUUUUUUCAAGGGCUACAUGGGGCUGCGUAAAGACGGCCUACAAUGUGUCACAUGCCAAACUAAUGUGUACUGAAGAUCCUUUAUGCAAAGCUUUUAUCAUUCUUUCUGGACACCCCGACACUGAUAGUUUGCUGACUGUAAUCUAUAAAAAUUCUUCAAAAUCUACAAUCCACAAGAAUGUGGACACAACCCUUUUCAUCAAAGUUUCCCACUUGAACAGCCGACAAGUAGAAUUCAAACCAACAGUUACAACAUUGGCACCUGCUGCCCCCCAUGGAUUCAAUAUUGAUGAUUGCGUGGCUCACAGUCAAGCCAUCCAUCAGUUAGCCCGCAAGAUCCGAGAAAAGAGGCUUAUGUAUCACAUGGGAUUGAAAGGUCUAAAAGAGGAGGAGUGGCAGUUGAUGGCAAAAGGUGGCUUAGUUGACAAAGCAUUUCACAUGUCCACUGAUAGUCAGUUUGUCUUGGAAUUGAAUAAUGGCCAACAGAAAUUCCCAUUCCAGUCUGUGAUUUUUAAAACCAAAAAUAAUGGGAUGAGUUCCUUUGUGGGCAAAUUGAUUGUGCAUGCACUGGAUCGAUUAUUAGGGCUCUACCAUACACCACCAAUUACAACUCGAAAGAUCUCAACUAAAAUAUUGCGCAAAAUCAGUAAAGAUCCAGUUCAUUUGAGCCAGCUUCUGGAUAUGACUGCAGAAGAUGGAACCCUUGAAGGUUUUGUUGAACCACCUCGGCCAUCAUCUGUUACUCUCCAAACAAUCUCCUUACAACCAAUGAGUAAAAUGACUAACAGUUUGAGUGACAUUUCAAAAACUGAUAAGCUGUUCCUUGAAUAUGCACUUAUUGUUUGGUUAGCGAAAAUACAACAACCAGCCAAUUAUUUCAUGGGGACAAAAGGUCAUGUGAUACAUUUUGGUGGUGCUAAUGCCUUCACAGAAUACAGCCUGGAAUGGUUGGACUAUUUCAAUCAUUGUCAUUUUCCCAAUAUUGCCUACAAGACAAUGGCCUGUUUCCGUUGCACAACAGCUUCCCCUCCAGCAGGCACGUCAAACACUACAGUGUGUGGAUUUGGAGAGCAUCUGUUUCAACAACUUCAGAAAGACAAUAUAUUCCUUAUUGACAUUUAUCGCAAAGGAAGACAGCAAAUCGUGAACAUGGCAGCAGGGGAGCUUUUAGCCCUUGUUGACCGUUGCAUCAAAAAACAUGGCCGAAAGAAUGUCCUCUACUGA